AAAUCCAAAACCAUAUCCCGCGUUGCGAACAAGCCAGGUAGCUAGAAAAAGAAAAGCGAGAAAGGUGCGGUCUCUCACCGCACGCACUAUCUCACUCGCUCACGCACCUCACGCCGUUAUCCUCGCACGUUUUUGCGGAUCUAACUGAGUUCUCGCCAUGAAUCGCCACCACGAUCCCAAUCCUUUCGACGAAGAAGAAGUGAAUCCUUUUUCGAAUGGUGGUGCUGCUCCUGCAUCAAAAUCACGAGUUCCACCAGUAGCAUCUGAGCCUCUGGGAUUUGGUCAAAGGCAUGAUGCUACAGUUGAUAUUCCUUUGGAUAAUACAAAUGACUCUAAGAAAAAAGGUCAAGAGCUAGCAGCUUGGGAAGCAGAUUUAAAACGGAGAGAGAAGGAAAUAAAAAAAAGAGAAGAGGCUGUUUCUAGAGCCGGUGUGCCUGUUGAUGAUAAGAAUUGGCCUCCAUUUUUCCCAAUCAUUCACCAUGAUAUUGCCAAUGAGAUACCAGUUCAUGCUCAAAGGCUGCAAUAUUUGGCCUUUGCUAGUUGGUUAGGAAUUGUUCUCUGUCUAGUUUUUAAUGUAGUUGCUGUUAUUGUCUGUUGGAUUAGAGGCGGCGGUGUUAAAAUAUUUUUCCUUGCGGUGAUAUAUGCUCUACUUGGUGUUCCCCUUUCAUAUGUUCUUUGGUACAGGCCUCUCUAUCGUGCUAUGAGGACGGAUAGUGCACUGAAGUUUGGUUGGUUUUUCAUGUUCUACUUGCUUCAUAUUGUAUUUUGCGUCUUUGCUGCGAUUGCGCCUCCAAUUGUUUUUCAUGGAAAAUCAUUAACGGGCAUCCUUGCUGCAAUUGAUGUCUUCUCAGACCAUGUAUUGGUUGGGAUAUUCUAUUUGGUUGGAUUUGGCAUGUUUUGCUUGGAGGCUCUUCUAAGCUUGUGGGUGCUUCAGAAAAUAUACAUGUAUUUCCGGGGGCAUAAGUGAGACUGUUCUCGGGAUUUUGAUCCAACGGCUUUUAUAAUGUCAGUCACUUCACAGUGUGGCUUAGCAUAUUCUUUUUGUCUAUCUUAUUUUUCUUCAUGUAAUAUCUUUGUGUGAUAUUGGUCGUGUUCAUUGUAGUGAUUGUACCAGGUUUAGUUUGUACGAUACUAUGUAAUGAAUUCUGUGAAGUUCAGUAUAUCUACUAGUGUAUUGCCCUCCAGUGAAAAGAAAAUUUACUUUCGAUAAGCAGAUAUAUAGGGGAUUUCCUGUGAAGUACUACUGUUGUGGUGGUAAUGCAGUUGUGAUGCUCCCAAAGAAGCUAGUCCUCCAAAAUUAAAUGAUUAUGAUUCCGAUUAAGUUGAUUUUUACUGGAAUUAGAAACCACUUUAUACAUUA